AUGAGGCGGGAAUGGGCCGGGAGGCGGGAAGAGGGAGGAAGGGCAGGCAGGGCCGAGGGCAGCCAGACGCCGCAGCUUGAGGGGCCUGAGCUGGUUCGGGUAUCGAAGUUCUACAAGGAGUCAAAAGAAGGAAAGUUUGUCAGUUUCAUUGACAAAGAUGUCCGCACCCUUUACGACUCCUUUCGGCAGGGGGCCAAGGAAUCCAACAACGGGCCGUGCCUGGGGUGGCGGGACGCGCCCGGCCGGCCGUACCAGUGGCUGAGCUAUGACGAGGCGCUGCUGCGCGCGCGCAACUUCGGCUCGGGGCUGACGGGGCUGGAGAUGGGGCCCGGCUCGCUCAUCGGCAUCUACAGCCAGAACUGCCCCGAGUGGGUGCUGACGGAGCAGGGCGCCUACUGCUACUCCAUGGUACUCGUGCCGCUCUACGACACGCUCGGCCCCGACGCCUGCGCCUACAUCAUCAAGCAAGCGGACAUUCAGGUGGUGAUCGUGGAAGACGACGCCAAGGCCAACCUGCUGCUGGACCGCGCGCCGCGCUCGCUGCGCCGCCUGGUGAGCAUCAAGGAGACUCGCCCAGCCACCAACCAACGCGCGCGCAACCGCGGCGUGGAGGUGCUGCGCUUCGAGGACGUGGAGAGCGCGGGCGCCGCGCGCAACUCCCCGGAAGUGGUGGUGGAAGGAUAUGGACAGACAGAAUGUUGUGCUCCUAUUUCAUUAACUGUCCAAGGUGAUCAUGUUCCUGAGCAUGUGGGCCCACCAGUGGCUUGCUGUUGCAUCAAAUUAGUAGAUGUGCCUGAAAUGGAAUAUUAUGCAAUCAACAACCAGGGAGAGGUCUGUGUAAAAGGCACCAAUGUGUUCCAAGGAUAUUAUAAAGCUGAAGACAAAACCAAGGAGACCAUAGACAGUGAUGGAUGGCAUCAUACUGGAGAUGUAGGAAUGUGGCUUCCGAAUGGAACUCUGAAGAUAAUUGACAGAAAGAAGCAUAUAUUCAAACUUUCACAGGGAGAAUAUAUUGUGCCAGAAAAAAUUGAGAACAUUUAUAUUCGCAGUCAGUAUGUCCAACAAGUUUUUGUGGUGGGCGAAUCUCUGAAGUCCUGCAUUGUAGCAGUGGUGGUGCCUGAUGUUGAAGUGGUGAAGGGGUGGGCCCAGGAAAAUCACAUUCCCGGAACUCUUUCUGUGUUGUGCAAUAACCCAGAGGUUAAAAAGUUGAUUAUGGAUGAUAUGUUAGGAUGGGGCAAAGAUGCUAGCCUCAAAUCUUUCGAACAGGUUAAAGACAUCUAUCUGCAUCCAGAUCCUUUCUCAGUGCAAAAUGGCUUGUUAACUCCAACCUUAAAAAGCAAGCGACCACAACUCAAGGCCUACUUCAAACCACAGAUAGAGGAUAUGUAUGCCAAACUUACCUAGAAACAAAGCAAGGACAACAUACUCUGAAAAAGUGAAGACUCAUAGUGCCCCUGUGUCUGUGAUGUUAAAUGACAACUCUACCCAGUGAGUUACGAAGUUUUCUAACAUACUCAACCUUCAGAACAGCCUGAAUUGGUUGAGUGUGAGUGAAUGAUCAACUUCCAGAAGACUUCAUUGUUGAUUGUUGCAAUGUGUGAAAGUCACAAUAAGGAAAGUUUGAAUGUGAUCAAUGAACAAUAGUGACAGAAAGAAUGUGUAGUUAGCAUUGGCAAUAAAUGUUUUAGGGCUAUAGGGAGGGUAGUUGGGACACAAAAUAGUGAGAGAGGGUUGGUCCAGGUUUGGGGUAGGGUUGUUUUGCAUCUGUACAAGUUGAUGAAUUUGUACAAUUGAUAAUAUUAAGAAUAAUGAAAACUAGAAGAAAAGAUGAAAUAAUUAUGUUGCACAGAUAUCAUUUGAUAUAUUUUCAAUAUUUGAUACAUCUUGUGAUAUGAGAUACCUUGUUGAACCAAAUGUUACUAUCCAAUUUUGAAAGUUGGGAAGAAGAAAAUCCAGUGGGUAAAUAAUUUACAUUUUUCUUUUUUAAAACCUGUACAAAUUGAGUGUGAUGAAUCAUAUUUCCUAAUUAAGCAAUGAUUGUUUUCUUAAUUCUUUAACACCAAUAAAAGAGCAUUUCAAUCACAAGUUGUGCCAAAAUAAAUUUGACUGCAUUAAUUUUGUUGAUUUUCACAGUACACUAGAUGGCAUUAGUUAACCUUGCAAGAAAAAUCACAGGAAAGAAUUGUGAUUAUCUGUUGGUAGAUCAAACUUGCUGUGCUGGCAGGAAUCACUUUGCACUUCCUUUCAAUGUCAUUAACAUAAGACUACACACAACACUGGGAUACAAACCUUCCUCUUUUUGAAGAACAAAUUAAACUGGGAGGAAGAAAGCAGAGGCCAGAGGGUCUCCUCUUACUGUUUCAGAUUUCUGUGAAAAAAUUCAUAAAAUAAUUUUAAAACAGAUGUUCCUUGCUGCACUUUCAACUACUCGAUCACAGGGAUAUAAGAUUUGGGAUUAAUAUAUGGUGGAAUUAAUAACUUAUUAUAACAAUAAUAUGGAAAUAAUUUCUGAAUUUUUCUUGAUAAAAGAUCAUUAUUAAGCAGUUAAAUAAUUUAGUCUGGAGUUUUCAUUCUUUCAAAAUAGGGAUAAAAAUUACAUCUUCAUACUUUACAUUUCUUUUGAAAUGUUUGUAGGUCAAUUUAUACUGGUACAAAGAGUACAAAACAAUUUUUUUUAUUCUGCCAUACAUUCUCUGAGAAUGUGAACCAUUAAUAUUCUGCAUUGAUAUGAAAUAUAUCUUAAAUUUAGAGUCAAUUACAAAUUUAAAAUUACACGAAAGAACUUCUUGCAUUUUAAAGUUUUAUUUAAUUCUCCUAAUCUCUUAAAAUCUAAUAUUAUUACAGGCAUCAUAUCAUUUUUAUAUGCUCUGUAUGGCAUUAUGUGCAGUAAAUACUUUGAACUUCAUAUAUAAUGCUCUAGUGUAUUCUUUUGAAACUUUCAAAUGGUUAUGCCACAUAGUGAAAAUAAGGAUUUAUAUUUAUACAAAUAUGCCUUACAAGCAAUAACUUACAAUUUAUUCUCCCAGUGAGAAUACUUUAAAAUGUGUACAUUAUAAUCAGACAUGAUAAAUUGCAGCCAUUUCUUUAACUUUCCUUCAAAUUGUAGUUAGGGUUGGUAUAUCACAGAAACACAGAGAACUCUAUGACUGAUAUUUGCAGGGUGUAUUCAAGCCAAACAGAAGGGUUUUCUGUGAAUGGCUGUGAGAGGAACUCAGGUUUUUAUGUGGUGCUGCCACCAAAGAGAUGACUGUGAAGUUAUGGAGUCAUAGAUAAAUGAUCCAUGAAACACUAAGUUUCUAAAUUCUGAUAUAGAAAAGAAGUAUUUAUUCAAUUUGUAGAUCUCAUCUUGCAUGUAAAAUAGAAUUAUUUGUUCGUCUUUAAACUAAUGUGAAAUUUUAAACUAUUGCAAUAAAAUUCAUAAUUACAACAGUAUUCUUGGAGGAUGAUUGACUUUCUGUUUAAAUACCAUACUGAUGAGGGUAAACCAGUAUCCAUAGAUUGGGAAGCACAAUUUAUGUUUAAGAAGAAACAAUAAGUGUCUGAAAACCAGUGUACAUAUGUGAAUUAAAUCUUUUAAUAUGUAAGUGGAAAGAAAUGGAAAUAUCAGGAAAUGUACAAAGUGAAAAUGAAACAAAACAAAACAAAAACAAAAAAAUGAAAUGCAAUUCUGUUACAUGUUCAUGAUGAGAAAGUAUGUAUUUCAUUCUAGUAAAUCAUUUCAUUGUACUAAUUAAUUUGAGUACAGUAUGAAAGUUUUAUUGAAUUUCAAAUUCAAAUUGUGCAUUACAGUUCCUCCCAACUGCAGAUAAUUAAACAUAUAUUAUGACAUUUUAUUAGAACUGCAUUACAUGUAAUUCAUUCAGUACAAUUGUUAUUGUGGAAAAAUGUCUUUUUAAUAACAUAAGAACCAUAAGAACAGGAAAAAUUAAAUUUACUGAUACUGAUUUAAUGAUUAUUCGAGUUUGUACUAUAAAAACAUAUCAAUUUAACACUAAAAAUUCAAUGUAUAUGUUUCUCUGCAUAAACUUAAUGCACAGAAAGUGAAUCUAAAACUUUUUUUCAAGAAAUUAUUUUUAACUCAAACAUAUUUCAAUUUUACUUCCCUAAAACAAUACAUUCUUUUUUUCUAGAAUCCAGUCAUUAACAAUUAAAUAUAUUGUUAAAGAUCAAACAGUAUAUGAUUAACUUCACUACAGCAUCACCUUAAUGCAAAAUCAACCAGAUAUUUAUAAGGAAGAAAAUUUAGAUAACUUGCUGAAAAGCAGUGUUUUUCUUAAUUUGUGACAGGAUAAUCUGAGAUGUGUUAUGAUCUUAUUAAUAUCUUAUGAUCUUAUUAAUAUCUAGGAAAAUAAAAGAUUAGUAAAUGCUGCAUUUCACAAGUUAUCCUUAUAAUUAGAAUUUCAUGCAGUAUAGUUCAGAAUGAAGACAGAGGAUUCACAAAUGCUUAAAACUAGUGUUCCUUGUAAUACAAAGUUAUGUUAGUGUUAUUUUUUGUUGAGAAGUUAUAUGUAUCAUGUCUUUGAUUUAAAUUAAGAAUAUGAAUUUUGAUUGUUACAUAAAAUAAAACCCGUAUUGGAGUAUCCUAUCUACCUUCCAUUUACAUUUCUCUCAAUAAUUUCCUUAAUACCUUUAUCCUUUAAAAUCAUUUUGUGUGAUAUGUACUAUAUUCAUAGUCAAUCUUGUGUGCUUGUUCAGUGUCUCUAAUUAUUUUAAAGUCAGAUAUGGAGAAAAGAAUUGAGAGAAAUCUACUUUUCAAUGUCUUCCAGAUUCAGCAUCAAAACAUUUUAGGUACAUUGUUUAUUGGUACAUUUUUUACCAAUACUUCAAAGAAAUUUAAUAUAUUCUUCAAUAUAGACAUUUAUUUCAAAGAAAAUUAAAAAUAUUAAUGAAACUUGUUGACUAACUUUCGGUAACUACAUUUAAGAAGGUAAGAUUCAAUAUUCACUUUUCUUGAAAAGUGGAUAACUACUAACUUCUACACAGAUUACUUUCUUUUUAAAAAUUUGGUAUAACUCAAUUGAUAUUCUUCACUUUUUUCUUGCUAAUUACUUUAAUGCAAAUAUUUGAUAAACUGUAUUUGAAGAAACAUACUACUGUUCUUUCUAUUUUAUGUUAUAAUAUAGGAGAUGU